UUUGGCCAUUUUUCUUAUCUUUCAUAUAUUUUCUUAAUCAUCAUAAUAUGUCGUCUCAAAUCUUAGCAACCUCAUCCAAAAAUGACAAUAUACAUAAAAUUGUUCGGCCAACAACAAAUUAUCAUCCUUCUAUUUGGGGAGACCGAUUUUUGCAUUACGAUAUUCCAAAAGAAGAAUUGAAUUAUAAACAAGGCCAAGUUGAAGAAUUGAAAGAAGUGGUAAGAAAGGAGAUAUUUGGAGAAUUAUUAUGUGAUGAUUGGAAUAAUCGAUUGAAGUUAAUUGAUGUGGUAGAACGUUUGGGAUUGUCCUAUCAUUUUGAGAGUGAAAUACAAAAUGAGCUUCAACACAUUUACAACAAAAUAAGCAUUAAUGAUACUAAUUUCAAACAUGAAACUUUGCAUGAUGCUUCUAUUCGGUUUAGACUUCUACGACAACAUGGAUAUAGGGUUUCUUUAGAUAUAUUUGACAAGUUCAAAGAUGAGAAUGGCAACUUUAAAGAAUGUUUGGCGAGUGACACCGUUGGUUUGCUUAGCUUAUAUGAGGCCUCACAUUUGAGCUGUGUUGGAGAAAAUUUACUAGAUGAAGCCCUUUCUUUCACUACCAAACACCUAACUGAAUUUUUGGAAAAUAAUAAAAAAGAACACCCCAAUGAUGAUCCUUUAUCAAAGGAAAUAUCUCGAGCCCUAGAGAGGCCCUUAAGAAAGACCCUAGUGAAUCUCCAUGCAAGGUAUUUCAUUUCAAUAUAUGAAAAAGAUGCCUCACAUAACAAAGUAUUGCUACAACUUGCAAAGUUAGAUUUCAAUCUAUUACAAUCCAUGCACAAAAAGGAGCUUAGUGAAAUCUCAAGGUGGUGGAAGGAAUUAGACAGUGCACACAACUUUCCAUUUGCAAGAAAUAGGAUUGUGGAACUAUACAUUUGGAUAUUAGGAGUCUAUUAUGAACCCCAAUACUCUUUUGCAAGAAAUAUUUUAGUGAAGAUCAUAGCACUUUCCUCAAUCGCUGAUGAUAUUUAUGAUUCAUAUGGUAUAUUUGAAGAACAUAAGCUCCUUAUUGAAGCAAUUGACAGGUGGGACAAAAAUUGUAUGGAUAAACUCCAUCCAGAAUACUUGCAGAAAUAUUAUAAGAUACUUUUGCAAUCUUUUGAGGAAUUUGAACAAGAGUUUGAAAAGGAGGAAACUUACAAAGUUUACUAUGGAAAAGAAACGUUUAAAAGAUUAUUAAGAGGUUAUUUUGAGGAAGCUCGAUGGUUGAAUGAAGGAUACAUGCCAAGUUUGGAGGAGCAUUUAAAAGUUUCUUUGGUUACUUCUGGUUAUUUCAUGUUGAUGGCUUGCUCUUUAGUUGGAAUGAAAAGUAACAAUAUUGUAACCAAACAAGUUUUCGAGUGGCUCUCCAAAGACCCCAAGAUUGCUAGGGCAAGCGCUAGUGUUUGUAGGUACAUGGAUGACGUGGCUGGUCACAAGAAUGAGCAAGAGAGAAAUCAUAUACCAUCUACAAUAGAAUGUUACAUGAAGCAAUAUGGUGUAUCAGAAGAAGAAGCAUGUGAUGAAAUGAAUAGGCGAGUGGUUAUUGCAUGGAAAGAAAUAAACGAAGAGUUUCUCAAACCAACUGAAGCAGCUUCACCUAUAUUAGUUCGUGCUCUGAAUCUUGCUAGGGUUAUGGAUCUUCUCUACAAAAAUGGUGAUAACUAUACACAAGUUGGAAAAGUCACUAAAGAUAGUGUUGCUGUCUUGCUCAUUGAUCCAAUUCCAUAAUAAAUUAAUCUCUCAUACUUUAUAUAUAUAACAUGUACUCGCAAGACUCCUAAUUAUAUAAUAAGCAUGUUAAAUAAAUUAAUAUAUAAAGUAUUUUUUUAUGGAAAAAUUACGACAUAAGGCUCUAAAAACAUAAGUUUGA